AUGAAAGCCUUCAUUGAACGCAAAGAAAGUUCUUCGGAUUUGCUGAGCAGAUACAAAGCAAGAAAAAUGUUAGGAGUUGGUGAAUCGUCUGGUAAUGUCGUUUCUUCAAAGGUGACACAACUACUUGGUGAUUCCAAUGAAGCAAAACUAAAUAUUCAAAUAUUCCAUGCAUACACUGUUGGAAUUAUCUAA